CGUGGUUUAACAAGGAACACAUUUUCACUUUGAGGUUUCGUUACUAGUAUCCAAAGCGGACCCGAGAUCAACGCCUGCCCAAGUUCAAGCUUAGUUCAUUUGGAGCACGUAAGUCAGUUUGCCAUGGCUACUGAAGGGGACCCCACAGACCUUGUUAAAGUGCUUCACUUGUUGGUGAUCUCUUUCACCUGGGGGAUGCAGGUGUGGGUGUCGUUCAUAGGGGGCUUUGUAUUGGUUUCUCAGGUAACACUACACACCUUUGGCCUUGUGCAGAGUAAGUUAUUCCCUGUCUAUUUCUUCUGUCUUCUGGGAGGCAACUUUAUAAACCUAGCAGUAUAUGCAGUUUACCACCCGAGAGAACUACUGGACUGGCAUGAAGGUGUACAGAUGGCAUUUUUCUUUGUGGCUUUGAUCAUGGCUGGUAUGAACGCACACUGGUUCGGUCCAGAUGCUACAGUGGCCAUGUUUGAGAUGCACGCCAUCGAGGAGGAACAUGGCCUAGGGAACGGUAUUGGCCUGAGCGCCAAUAAGGAAGGCUACACCAAGCUACGUGAGCAGGAUCCCAAAUACCAAGCCCUCAGAAAGACUUUCUUUCGUUUCCAUGGCCUCUCGAACCUCUGCAAUUUGGUGGGCUUCAUCUGCACCACAACCAACUUGGUGUAUUUGGCGCUGCAGCUGCAGACCAUUUGAACCCUCAUGUUUUUGAAUCGGAAUAGUUUCAUCAGAAUGACAAAAAAAAAAAACUGUCCAUGUAAAUGUGGCUACAGAUCUCCUUCUACCCACGUUCAAACAAUCCUUGACAUGUGAACUUCUGAGUGGUAUUCAAUUGGCAGUGAAGGAACACACAGUCAUGUAUGUAGUCACACAGCUGUUGUAUUUGAAGCUGUGUGAAAUGUACUGCUGUAAAAAAAAAAAAAACAUAGAAUCCCAGGGAAAUGAGCUUGUAGCUUUUUAUCUUCAUGAUGAAGCCAUUAAGUAUUUUUCUAUUUCCAAUACUUUCAAGUUUUGUACAUCAUAAGCAUGGAUGCAUGUUAUAGGCUAGUUGAGAGUGGUCUUGAAACUAAUCUUAAUAAAUCCUAUUUUGGAUUCCUCGCGAAUAACACAUGUCAGUGUCUAGAUGAGCUGUUCAGCUUUUUUGCAAUAAAAUAUUAACAAAUAUGUA